AUGCCGUCUCACGGCUGGUCAUUGUCGGCCGGUCGCGCGUUGCUCUUGUUGGCAUCGCUGCCUCUUUCCACGGCUCAGGAUCUUCCCGACCCUGCUUUGCCCGUUGCUGACCCUGCUGCUGCCACCACCACUAGCAUUGCGUUCCCUGAGGUCUUUCCCGACGUCGAGGCUCCUGCUGGGCCAUCUACCACAGAGACUCUCGCAGUAGAGCCUUCUACCACGGAUAUUGCUAUCGUGGUGGAACAAACUACCUCAACCGAAGUUCCUGUGGCUGAGACUACCACCUCGAGCUUCGUUCCUGAGGGUACCGAGACUGUGGAGACACUCAGCACUACUGGUAGCCAGACGACAACGGAGGUACCUGUACAAGGCACUACCACUUCCACGGAGGUGCCCGUCCAGGAUACAACUACUUCAACUGAGGUUCCAGUCCAGGACACAACCACAAGCACUGAGCUGCCCGUUGCUCCUACUACAACCUCAAGCUGGAUUCCCGACGCUUCUGAGACUAUCGAGCCGAUCAACACCCCUGGCGCCACGACAACCUCGACGGAGCUCCCUGUCCAGGACACUACCACUAGCACUGAGCUUCCCGUUGAUACUACCACCAGUACUGAGCUACCCGCUGGCACCACAACUUCGACCGAGCUGCCUGUCGAUGCCACGACUUCAACUGAAGUUGCUGCCGGUACUACCACCAGCACUGAAGUCCCUGUCGAUACAACAACCUCCACUGAGGUGCCCAUCGAUGCGACAACCUCAACUGAGCUACCUGUAGACACCACUACGACUACUAACGCCUCAGUUGACUCUACUACAACGGAGCAACUCCCUGAGACCACUACUACCACCAACCCUGCCGUGGACCCCACCACGACAACUGAGCAGGCCAUCGAUCCUACCACCACCACCGAGCAGCCAGCUGAGGAGACUUCAACCACUGCUGGACAGCCUGCCGACACUACCACCGAUCAAUCUCCUCAGCCUACCACCGAGGAUACCAACGAGCCCACCAUCACUCAGCCUCCAGUUCUCACAACAGCUACAGGUGCUGCUGCCACCUCGGCUGUCUCUUCCGUCUCAACUGAGAUCCUGGGUCUCCUCCCCAUCAUCGACUCGUGGAAGGACGACCCUGAGAACCUCAAGGACGAGACCAAGGACAAGGUCGACGAUGUUCAUGACGACAUUGUCGCCGUGAUUGUGAGCCUCGGCGGUGACCCCAACCAGGACUGUGCUGGAAAGAAGAAGCGAGGUCUGCUUGGACCUAUCGGUGAUAUCAUCAACAGCCUGGUUUGUAUUGCCAAGGACCUCACUGAUAUCUCGGGCAACAUCGUGGUUGGCAAUGUGCCUGCUGUCACUGGAGCCACCGGUAGUGUUCAGUCUCAAACUGAGGACCUCACUGAAGAGGACAAGGACGAGGAUAAGACCGACGAGAAGAGUGAGCAAGAAUCUACCGAGAAGGAAGAGUCCACUACGGAAGAGCCAACCUCGACUACAACCUCUCCCUGCACAGACGACACUGCCGAGCACGUCACCAUCAUCUGCAAGCCAACCACCAUCACCGAAGAUGGCAACGUUCAGACUACAGAGACUUGCUUCGAGUCCAUCACGGUCGAAGUCACCGGCUGUUCCGUGACCGAGGCUACAACUGUCAUCUCGACGACUGGCACGGCCGCUGCCAUCACCCCCUGCGCUUCUGGCUCCUGCAGCGGUGGCGAUGCCUGCCCUAUGGACAAUGCUCCCCUUAGUGGCGCUGAUAUGGCCCUUGUCUCGACCAAGGUUGACUGUGCCGCCGUGUCCACCAUCACCACCUCCGAGAUCCCCACUGGUGCUGGAGCUUUCGGUAGCAACCCCGUCGCUUCGCCCACGCCCCGUGCCGAGAGCGGAUCCGCUAAGAGGGACCUGGAUCGUCGUGUGUUUAUGCACAACACCACUCCUAACCCCUUCUACGUUGCCUCUCUGAACCCUAUCUGGGUCAGCCAAGUCGGAGAUGCCUCUGGUCAUUGGUUCGACUAUCCCACCAUCGGCCAGGGUUUCGCAGGUGUCAAUGGCAUCUACGGUUGCACUGCCGUCAUCAUCGUUUCUGACAAGGGUGUCUACCUGUCGCACAUCUGGGAGAACCCCGUCUUCAUUGACAUAGAUUGGAACUGGACAGACGAUGCGUCUUUCAACAGAAACGCCUUUGAGGCUCUUCGUGACGGAACUGACAACGCUCGAAGUGUUACCUCCCUCGUCGGCGAUGACGCCAACCCUGGUGUCCUACACGCCAGCAACAACCCCAUGGUCUUCGUCCUCACCCCCUUCACCGAUGUUCUGAACGAUCCCACAGGCAUUACCACCUUGUUCCGCUACCAGGAACGCGCCCAGCGGCUCGCUGACAGUCUCGUCGGUGUCAUCCCCGGCUCUAGUGGUCAUCUCCUGGGUUACACCCGCACCAACGGGAUUGACUCCACUGAGCCCAUCGGCACCUGGGGUCGAGCGAUCCUUGAGGUCGACAUGUUCCAGGACAUGAUCGUCACCCCCGAGGAUUCUCCAGGCGGUAGUUGGGCCUUUUCCAUGGGUCGAUGGAGACUCUGGGUUGAGGAUGGACUCGUGACUUGGCGUGACUUUAUCGUUGGCGGCAGUGGUAUUCAGCUGAGCGGAUUUGCUACCACUAGCGACGCUCCUGCCCCCGACGCAACUCAGGCUCCUGAGGAACCUCAAAACGCUGAACCAACUCAGGCUGCCGAGGCUGUUGCGCAGCGUCUUCGAAAGAGAGAGGAUUCUCCUGUUGAAGAGUGCUUGGUUGUGACCCGUGCCAGCACUACCAGCGAGGCUACUUCCAGCGCCACUGACACAACCCAGACUGAGUCUACUGAAUCUACCGAGACGACUCAAUCUACCGAGUCUACCCAGUCGACGGAAACUACUCAGAGCUCAACUGAGACUGCCGAGACUACUCAAAGCUCGACCGAAACCUCUGAAACCACGGAGUCAACCCAGUCCACCGAGACUACUGAGUCCACGGCCGUCUCUACUUCUGAGACCUCCGAGGUCACGACCGAAUCUACUCGACCCCCCACAACUCUCAGGACCUCCGUCAUCACCACUACUUCAGCUCCUGACACCACUUCUGACGAGCCAACCACCACCAAACCCCCUUUCACUGGCCCCGUCAUCUGCGUCAACCAUGGUGGUCCUCGCGUGGCUACUCCUUACUGCCAAUGUUCCACCACCACCGAGGGCCAGGUCUUCUACGCCACUGCUCCUCUGAUCUCCUACCACUGUACCGACUACACCACCUUCCCCUCCCCCGUCACUCCUACGCCAACCAAGGAAGAGACCCCAUCGCCAACCGCAACAAACCCCAACGCCGACGUCCCCGAAGUUGAAUGCGCCACGCCCGACGACUGUGGAGACUGGGAAGGAAACUGCCACUUUGCCAACGAUAACAACCACGUCGUCUGCCUCGCCACGGACUGGCACGACGUAAACGGCGUCCCAACCUCCGGAAAAGCCAUCUGCGAAUGUCUCAUCCGCGAGAAACCCGCUGACCCGCCAAAGGGCACUAACCCCAACGCCGACGUGCCAGAGGUGGAGUGCGCUACGCCUGACGAUUGCGGUGACUGGAAGGGAGACUGCGCGUUUGGACCUUCGAGCAACCAUGUUGUUUGUCUGGCGACGGACUGGCACACGGUGAAUGGUGUGCCUACCUCGGGCAAGGCUAUUUGCGAGUGCAUGGUUAGUGAGGCGUAG